UUACGAAAGAUAACGGGCGGCGCUCAUUGCGGACUCAAAUCAAAAGGGAGCAACAUGUCUGUUCACGAGGUGUUUUACAAAUUGUACGAUAAUAUAUUCAUAGAAACAAAUUUACAAAACACCGAUUACGAUGCUGUAGUGUUCAUUCUAUACCCGGACGAGUUAGGUGUUAAUUUGCCGAGACAUAUUGGAAGUUUUGUAGAUAAAGCUGCGAAGAUAGAUAAACAUAUUAAUAAUAGUGUGACAGUGUGGAAUUGCGAUUAUGUAUCCGGAGGGAGGCUUAUAAUAUCUCCGAUUGGUAAAGUGACUCCUUAUCACGAUGUUUCUGUUGUCAAAAAAGCCGCCCAGAAAGGAGUGGUGAGGGCGCUCGAUGCUGGAGCUAAAAGUCCUUUGAUUGUAGUUCAAAGUGUCGUCCAUUUUCCUGAUGCACAGUUGGUGUGUGUAAUGGGAGCGCUGGAAGCUCUGUACUCGCCGUUGCAAAUGAGAGAAAGAGUUGCUCCGAACAAUUUCACGAAAAUUGGUUUCCAUGCCGAAGAACAAUUAAGUGAAGGUUUUGAGAGAAUUGUGAGGAACGCUAUAGCCAUGGAAAGAGCUAGAAUCAUAGCUAGGGACAUCGGUGGCUCUGAUCCAGAAAGAAUGGCUCCCGCUAACAUUGUUGAGUACAUCAAGAACUCUUUUGCUGGUGAAAGUAAUAUUACAAUUAAUGUUAUUGACGAUGAAAAAUUGAUUGCAAAGGAAUACCCUCUUUUGGCUGCUGUUAAUAGAGCCGCCAGUCGCGUAGACAGACACAAGGCGAGAGUUGUUGAAAUCGAAUAUAAGCCGUCUGAUCUUUCUAGGGUAACUGAAACUUUGAUAUUAGUCGGCAAAGGUGUGACAUAUGACACAGGCGGUGCUGACAUCAAGAUUUCCGGCAGAAUGGCUGGCAUGGCAAGGGACAAAUGUGGAGCGGCAGUAGUAGCAGGAUUCCUGAAGGCUUGUUCUAUCUUAAAGCCGCCGCAUUUGAAAGUGACUGGAGUUUUAUGCCUCUGCAGGAACUCCGUAGGGUCUGAUUCUUACGUUGCUGAUGAAUUAUUGGUUUCGAGGAGUGGGAAAACUGUGAGAGUAACUAACACCGAUGCUGAAGGUCGUCUGGCAAUGGCAGAUGCGUUGUUUAAAAUGGCAGAUAGUGCUAGCAAGGAGCUCAAUCCUCAUAUUUAUACGAUCGCCACGUUGACGGGUCACGCUCGUGCCUGUUACGGAAAUAACGUUGCUGCAAUGGACAACCACAGUGCAAGAGCUACAAAUCAUUCUGGCAAGUUACAAUUUAGCGGCUCCAGAGUUGCUGAAGGUAUAGAAGUGUCCAUCGUGCGCCAAGAAGAUUUAGCUGUGAAUGUAGGAAAGUGUAAGGGUGAUGAUUUGGUGCAGUACGAUACUGAUGCGAAAGCGAGGAAUCAUCAGCUCGCUGCUGGGUUUUUGAUUAAAAUUGGGGGGUUGGAUGAUAAGAAUUUGAAGUAUACGCACUUGGAUAUAGCCGGCGCUGCUGGGGAGGCGCCCCACGAGCCCAGCGCGGUGCCAGUGGUCUCUUUGUGCCAUUUGCAUAAAGUUUUCAUGUAAUUUUUAAUGAUAAAUUGCAAUUCAAAGUUCAAAUUCAAAAUUUUUAUUCUUAUUAUAGGAUACUUCGUAUCGCUUGAUAAUUGUUAAACCUUUUGGUUUCACAACAGUUGUUGACGUCAAAUAAAUCAGGUAUUUAAAACUAAGUUUACUGCCGCUUCCAAGGCGUCAGUGCAGAAGAAGCGGUAAUAAUGUAUUUUCUUGAUUAAUUAUAUUUUUCAACAUCAUUGUACCUACUAGAUGAUAACUUACCAGACGAUUUUUUUUAUUCAUUUGCGCAUACCGGUCCAAUCUAAUUUAUCUAUAAGAUAUAAAUGUAUUCUUACUGUUAUCUUUCAGAUUGCAUCACAUAUUUUGUUUAUAAAAAUUUGUUUUUAAAUUAAUUAAAUAAAUUCAUAAGAUAA